UUACAAAACUGUACAUAACAGAUGUCUUCACAGUAGUUAACCCUUAAAAGACUGGUCCAAAAAAUAUACGGUCAAAAACAGUGCCACAGUUGGACCACAAAAACUUCUGAGGACUGGUUUGUCAUAAAAGGACUUGCUUCUUCAAAACAUUCAUAAUGAAAGUAGUAUAGCAGUAUGCCACGACCAGUGAAACCCGAUCGUCCUGUAAUAGCUGAACCUGUUGUUGAGCCAAUCCAAGGAACAACUAUCGUUGUAAUUCAUGCUGGAUCAUCUGUUCUUCGAAUCGGUCGCACAACAGAUCACUAUCCACAUUCCAUUCCACAUGUUAUUGCAAGAAAAAUCACUAGCAAUGACCUUUUCUCUAAAUACAGUGGAAAGAAUCUCUUCAUCAGAAAAGGUGGUCAGCAUGCUGAAAGCGAUGAUAAAAAAGCACAUGGGUUAAGAUCUGCAAAAACACUUAUUCAAGCUAUGAGGAUUAGUGGUGGGCACAGAAAACCGAGAACAACACCUGCCGAGGUGGCAUCAUACAAUAGUCAGGUCCGUCCUGCUGCUGUAGAUAAUGAUGGGUCGGUAUCUUGGACGGAUGUCAGUGCAAUGCCAAAUUUUUUUAUUGGGGAACAGGUAUUAAGUCUUCCUUCAUCCGCUCCAUACUCUAUUCGGUGGCCGAUGGCUCAUGGACAGUUAAACAUACACAGCUCUGUUGGUGGUUCAGUAACUUCGAUUGCUGCUGAUUUGCAAACACUGUGGGGGAGUGCAAUAGAAACGUAUUUGGAAAUACCUGUGAAAGAUUUGAAUUAUUAUAGAGCAGUAUUGCUAAUACCAGACAUUUUUGAACGUGCACACGUUAAAGUUUUAGUGGAUGUUUUAUUGAAUCGGCUGAAGUUCUCUUGUGUUAUAGUUGGUCAGGAAUCAGUGUGUGGUGCAUUUGGUAGUGGUCUUCCAUCAGCUUGUGUUGUUGACGUAGGUGCAGAAAAAACAAGUAUUUGUUGUGUCGAGGAUGGGAUAUCGCUACCAAGCACCAGAGUUACUUUAAAUUAUGGUGGCAAUGAUAUAACCAGAUGUUUUUACUGGCUUCUAAAAAUGGCAAAUUUUCCCUACAGAAGCAUUGACACAGAAGAUCAAUUCGAUGCACAGUUACUGCAAGAACUGAAAGAAACGUUUUGUCAUUUAAGCAUGGAGAUUCCUUCUGGCCACGUUCACGAGUUUCAAGUUGUUCGACCAAACGAAAAUAUUUUAGUAUAUAAAUUGCGUUUGGGUGACGAACCCCUUCUUGCGCCAACGAGCAUGUUUGUUCCUGAUCUCUUCGGUAUAGUUGAUGAACCAUUAAUCAAAACCUUCCCCGAAAUAUUGGAAUGUGAUCCUGAAGAUCUGAUGGACCAUCGGUACUUGCUUGAAAAAAGAGAUGUGGAUACGAAGAAAGCGAAAGGUGAAAAUGAGAACGAAUCUCAAGAAUUUAUAAGUUUGUCACAUACAGCACCGAUUGAACAUGCGAAGCUCAAAGCGUUGCGUUUAGAUGGCAUGCCACUUGACGAAGCUAUCAUGUACAGCAUUGAGCAAUGCAGUAAUCAAGAAACGAAACGUAAAAUGUACGGGACAGUGCUAUUGAUAGGUGGUGGGAUGAACUUUAAAGGGACUGACGAAUUUCUACUGAAGAGACUUCAAUCGCAGUUGCCCCCGCAUUACCAUUUUAUGAAGGAGCAGAUGGAAGUGAUAACGAGACCAAAAGAGAAUGACCCACGGACUGCAGGCUGGAAGGGUGGUACGGUUUUGAGUAUUCUAGAUAGUUCACAGGAGCUGUGGAUAUCCCGAAAAGAGUGGAAUCAAUAUGGCGUGCGUAUACUGAGAGAGCGGUGCGCUUUUCAAUGGAGCACGAACAUGGACAAACAAUAACAUCAACUGUGGAGUGUCAAUCACGCAGAUCGAACGGAGAGCAUAACAGUAAAAGCUUUUAGCUGUUUACCCCCUGUGAAGGAUAGCGAACGCGAAAACGGUAUAGAUGACAUUUCUGGUAAAAAAGAAAUAAAAGGGAUGUAUUUUUCGUAAAGUAUGGAAGUUAAACUGCUUCAAAAUGGUCGGACUUUCUCAACAGUCCGACAGAAAGUAUACUGAUCAUAAAAUUAUAAUUAAAUAUGAGCGAUUAUACUACAGAACAUGCUGAUGAUCUCUUUUCUACGUCUGAUCAUUUCCUUCUUUUUUUAUGCUUACAUAGACAACGAACACGUCGACAUAGUUUUUACAUCAAAAUGUGAAGGUAAUCAGUGUCUACCAUUUCUUGAUGUCAAUGUUAAACGUGAAAAUAACAAUUUUGUAACCCCGAUUUAUAGAAAACCUCCUUUUAGUGGCGUAUAUACAAAUUUUGAUAGUUUUGUACUCGACGAGUACUUGUUAUGACAUUGAUUUGUAGAAAUUUCAGAAUUGUUAGCAAUUUUUCAACUUUUUAUUUUGAGAAAGAAAAGUUGAAACAAA